AUGGGCAAGGCCUGCCAUGUGUUCCGGGAUGAUCGGGGGGCGCCCACCACGUGUCCCGGGAUGGGCAGGCGAGGCCCGCCACGUGUCGCAUGGCAGGCAGGCGAGGCCCGCCACGUGUCGCAUGGCAGGCAGGCGAGGCCCGCCACGUGUCCCGGGAUGUAUGCGUCCUGGGACGGGAGGGCGAGGCCCUCCAUGCGUCCCGGGACGGGCAGGCAGGGCCCGCCACGAGUCCUGGGACGGUCCUCCUUCUCCACCACCACCUCUCCUCCUCCUCCUCCUUCUCCUCCACCACCUCCUCCUCCUCCUCCACCACCACCACCUCCUCUCUUCCACCACCACCUCCUCUCGUCCUCUUCCUCCAACUCCUCCUCCACCACCACCUCCUCUUCCUCCAACUCUUCCUUCCCCACCACCUCCUCCUCCUCUUCCUCCACCACCACCUCUUCUCCUCCUCUUCCUCCAACUCCUCCUCCCCUUCUCCUCCACCACCAUCUCCUCUCCUCCCCACCACCUCCUCUCGUCCUCCUCCUCUUCCUCCUAUACUUCUCCUUCUUCCUCUUCUUCAGAAUUAUCCCAGUCUCAUGUCAUCUUCUCCAGGUUUAUCGUUAUCAAAUUCUUUAG